AUGAUCGAUGUACGGCGACUUGCAACUUUAGCGCCCGCCAUUGCACCAGAGCUGGUCUCAUCGAUACGCCUCCGAGAAUACCAGGAAGAAUGCAUAAAAUCCGUCCUUUCUUACCUUGAAAGGGGCCACAAGAGGCUUGGCAUCUCUUUAGCUACUGGCAGCGGCAAAACAGUCAUCUUCACACAACUCAUUGAUCGCAUCCAAGCACCAACGCCAGAUGCCACUCAGACUCUGAUCCUGGUACAUCGCCGCGAGCUUGUCGAACAAGCCGCUCGACAUUGCAAAAACGCGUAUCCAUCGAAGUCUAUCGAGAUCGAAAUGGGCAGUUCGCAUGCCUCUGGUGGUGCAGACAUAACCGUUGCUUCUAUCUGGAGCAUCGUCUCAGGGGACAGGAUGCUGAAGUUUGACCCCAAAAGAUUCAAGCUUGUCCUGGUAGAUGAGGCGCAUCAUAUUGUGGCUGCCAAAUUCAUGGAGACUUUAACUUACUUUGGAUUACUCCUGAAAGACUCGACCACUGCCGACUCCCCAGCACCAGCAGCUCUGGUUGGGGUAUCAGCAACACUGUCGCGCUUCGAUGGAUUACGACUUAGCGACGCUAUUGAUCACAUAGUAUAUCACAAAGACUAUGUCGACAUGAUUGGCGAGAAAUGGCUCUCCGAUGUUAUAUUUACCACUGUUCAAUCCAAGGCAGAUGUUUCUGGCGUCAAAAAGGGACUUGCUGGGGACUUCCAGGUUGGAGAUCUCUCUAGAGCAGUUAAUACUCCGGAAACGAAUGAGAUCACCGUGAGAGCGUGGAUGGCUAGAGCCGCCGACCGAAAAUCUACAUUAGUAUUCUGCGUUGACCUAGCUCACGUUUCAGACUUGACGGCAACCUUCCGCAGACAUGGUAUUGAGGCAAAAUUUGUCACAGGCAACACGCCAAAGCGAGUCCGCGGCGAAAGGCUCGAUGCCUUUAGAAACCGGCAGUAUCCGGUACUUCUAAACUGUGGUGUCUUUACUGAAGGGACAGAUAUUCCGAACAUCGAUUGCGUUGUUCUCGCGAGGCCGACCAAAUCACGUAACCUACUAGUACAGAUGAUUGGGCGUGGCAUGCGCCUUUACCCAGGAAAGGAAAAUUGCCAUAUCAUCGACAUGGUUGUAUCUCUCGAAGCCGGGAUUGUUACGACCCCAACGCUAUUUGGCCUCGAUCCGGGGGAACUGGUCACUGGCGCGAACAUUGAGGCAAUGAAGUCGCAACACGAACGAAAGGAGCUGGAGGCUAUUCGCGAAGAGCGUGCUGCGGAUCAUGCUACUAAUAUCUCGUUACCAUCACGACAGUCGACUAUCACCUUUACAGAUUAUGUUUCGGUUUUCGACCUGAUUGACGACACUUCAAGAGAAAGACACAUACGCGGAAUUAGUCAGCUAGCUUGGGUGAUGGUGGGACAGAAUCGCUAUGUUCUAUCGGCGCAGAGCGGUGACUACCUCACCAUUGAAUGUUCAGAUGUUGGUUCUAGUACAACUUUUUCGGUCACCUAUACGCAGAAAGUGCCCGAGAGAGACCGUUCACCCGAGUCUAAGGCCAAGAGCCCCUACAUGCGUCCGCGCGUAGUUGCAAACUCGAGUACAUUCUCUGACGCGGUGCACGCAGCUGAUACGUUCGCUUUGACCAAGUUCCCUUGGAGAUUUGUUCACAACGGACAAGCCUGGAGGAAACAGCCGGCGACAGAAGGGCAGCUGGCCUUCGUCAACAAAAUCAGGCCAAUGGCAGAUCAAUUGACGGGGGACAUGAUCAGCAAAGGCAAAGCGACGGAUAUGAUCAGCAAGAUCAAAUUUGGGGCGAAAGGUUGGUUCAGCAAGCUUGAAGCAGAGAAGAAGCGGAAAAGCCGGGCGAGUGAGAAGAUUAGACAGACGGAUAAUGUGAGGCAGCGAGAAGAGAUUCGAGUUGGCCCAGUCGCUCACUGA